AUGGAGAUAACGAAGAAACAAGAGCGUGACCCCACCUCACCAGUGGUCAGUGUGUCCGAGUCUUUGAGAGCUGUCGGAGUUAACCAAUCGAAUACUUUACUCACAGCUUCUCAUCACUACCUGCUGCAGAAUCCCAAGCUCUCAGCAUCAAAUAAGGCUCUUGUUCUGGAAGCUAUCAACAAUGUAGUAUCGGAUACGAAAAUUGUCAACGAACUGGAUGAACAACUGGUUCAUUUGAUGAUAAAUCUUGCCACGCGGGAAAUGACAAUGACCAGCAAGUAUUGCCGAUCAGCGCCAAUUCGAUUCUCUUUCGUCCUCUCGAUAGAAAACGAGUUGACACGGUGUUAUUUAUGCAUCCUAGCAGGUUCCUAG